AUGGUAUUGGAAGAAAAAGAAAAUGGUUGGAGUAAGGAUUCACAGGUAAAAAUAAUGAUGCCAAUUGAUGGGUUAAUAGUUCGCGGCUAUACUCUUACAAUCUCGGUCACAGAAACAUAUAACUUAUUUUAUGAGAGAGGACCUAUGGAUACUGCAAUGACCUUUAUAAAUUCAAUGUGCGAGUUAAAAGCAACUAUAACAGAUCAAAAUGUAGAAGACUAUAGAAGUGUUGGUGGUGUGAGGCAGCAAAUAUGUGAAAAAUUUGUCAAUAAUAAAAGAGACUACAAAGAGAAGAAAUAUGAAGGAAGAAAGAAAGAAAUGAAUACAAGGCAACUUUUAAGAAGACUUACUGCGCAACUUCUUUUGGUUAGUUAUUGCCUAAAAUUUUAA